GACACAACAGCUGGUCAUUCAUGGAUUUUCAUUCACGUGAGAGAGAGUUGUUGGAGUUUCUCCUCCGUGUGUUUAAACUUUCAUUUACUCCUUUCAAGAUGCCGAUGACUCGGUAGAGAAUAUGCAUCUCAGGACCUGAGCCCUAGGACCAUGCCCCAGGACUACCUGACAUGAUGUCUCCUUGCUGUCCCCAGUCCACCUGGCCAUGCUGCUGUUCCAGUUUCAACUGACCUGAGCCCUAGGACCAUGCCCCAGGACUACCUGACAUGAUGACUCCUUGCUGUCCCCAGUCCACCUGGCCAUGCUGCUGCUCCAGUUUCAACUUCCACCUGACUGUGCUGCUGCUCCAGUUUCAACUGUUCUGCCUUAUUAUUAUUCGACCAUGCUGGUCAUUUAUGAACAUUUGAACAUCUUGGCCAUGUUCUGUUAUAAUCUCUACCCGGCACAGCCAGAAGAGGACUGGCCACCCCACAUAGCCUGGUUCCUCUCUAGGUUUCUUCCUAGGGUUUGAGUGCUGUGGUCCGUGCAUUGCAGUGUGGACUCCAACAUACUGUUGACUGUCCUGAAACAAGAUGGCUGUUCUGGGCUGCUCUAAGCUAUGCAGUUGACUGUCCUGAAACAAGAUGGCUGUUCUGGGCUGCUUUUAAACCUCUACAGGAUCAGUGUCCUGAAACCUGGACAGCUGCUGCUCAGUAUGUGACCUAGAAAGGCUUUCGAAACAACAGCCAACUUUUCCGGGACAUCGACAUGUCUUCUAUCGUCAGAAAGCUUACAUGUUUGUUCAUCUAACUGCAGUGUCUAAUUUUACAGUAGCUACUACAGCGGGACAAAAUACCAUGCUAUUGUUUGGGGAUAGCGCACAACAAAACACUUAUCAAUGCAACUUGUUUUGAUACAUUCCCCUCAGACAUAUUGGCUACACAACAUGUCAAUUAGCUUCAUGAAGGUAAGCUGUCGUUAGGCACCAAUGAGACCAGCGGUGUUCACUUGAUUGACAGAGUCUUGGUCCAAGGACCACCUAUCAUUUUGAAAGCGGUCUAGCUAGAUAGCCAAUGAGCUGGGCUUUCCAGCGGAAUGUGAACAUCUUUUGUACUGCAAACAACCAUCAUGUUGCUGUGGGCAACAGUGUUCAUUCUCUGGUGAAAGCAAACAGGACUCACGGUAGUUAAUCAUACUCUGUGGUUUGUUCUCUUCUGCAAACUGUUCUCAAAAAGGAAACAUGGCUACUACUAGUGGAAAAGCUACAUCGAAGUCCAAGUUUACAAAUCAUUUUGAUGAGAACAUUGUGGAAAUUGACUGGGAGAGUGACACGGAACUAAUGGAUGAGGACUCCAUGAGUGAGUCCAGUUUUGAUUCCAGUGAGGAAGAAAUGUUUUUGGAAGGAGAGGGUCCCCUUUUGGAUCAAGGUAGAGACUCCGAUGACCUCUGGGAGCCAUCUCCAAAGAUACCACAUUCAAGUCCAUCCUACACUCCUUCAAACGUAGGAACUGGUUCCUCCAGUCUGACCCCUGCUGCUGUCUCUGGCUCCACACCCACCCGGCCAUCUAGAGGUGUUAUGAGUCCAGACCAGAAGCGGAGGAGGGCCGGUGUACCAGCGGCAACAACAACCGAGGGAGAGGACCGUUGGCGCACUGUGCUAGAGGAUGAUGUGGAGCCACGUCGACCAGUAUUUCGACCUAAAAGGCAGCCAGGACCUCAGCUGGACAUGACUGGAAAGUACAGCCCCCUUCAUCUUUUCCAGAUGUUUUUCUCCUUGUCAGUUCUUGAUUCGCUGGUUUCUAACACCAACAAGUAUGGGGCUAAGAAGCAAGCAGGCAAGAAAGAGGCCUGGAAGCCCAUUUCCAUCCAAGACCUGUACUGUUACAUCUCACUGGUCAUUUAUAUGGGGCUUGUGAAGUUGAAAACCCUGAAGGACUACUGGAGAAGCUCAAGACUCUACCAACUGCCUUUCCCCACAACUAUCAUGUCUUGUAAGAGGUUUCUGACUGUCUCGGGAGCGCUUCAUAUCAGUGACCCACAAGCUGACGACAACAAUGACAGGAAGAAGGGCACAGCAGGCUUCGAUAGGCUCUUCAAAAUCAAACCUCUCUACUCCAGCAUAGUUGAGGCCUGCAAGACCCAUUUUCAGCCUUCCCAGAACCUGUCCAUAGAUGAGAGGAUGGUAGCCUCAAAGGCCAGAAUUGGCAUCAAACAAUAUAUGCCUAACAAGCCAACAAGAUGGGGUUACAAACUGUUUGUUUUGGCAGAUUCUGCGUGUGCCUACACUUGGAAUUUCUUUGUUUAUGAGGGGAAGUCCAUCUCGGCCACCGGUAUGGGACUUGGUUAUGAUUCCGUUAUGAAAUUAUUGGAGUUUCCACUGCUGGGGAAGGGCUACAAACUGUUUGUGGAUAACUUUUACACAAGCCCGACUCUGUUUACAGACCUGAGGAAGCUGAAUGUAUGGUCUUGUGGCACCAUUCGUCCCAACGGAGUGGGUUUUCCCAAAACAAAAGUAAACGACAUGCCUAAGAGGUCUGAUAGGGGGACCAUACGAUGGAUUCGGAAAGAUGACCUGCUCUUUGUAAAGUGGAUGGAUGCCAGAGAGGUGGUCAUGUGCUCCAGUAUCCACAAAUCGUACAGCGGCGAUCACAUCCGCAGGCGUGUGAAGGACACUAAUGGGACAUGGACCAAGAAAGAUGUCCCCGUUCCAGCUGCUGUGAAGGAUUACAACAAGAGCAUGGGAGGUGUGGACCUGUCAGACGCGCUGAUUGGCUACUACAAUGUUCUCCACAAGACAAUGAAAUGGUACAAGACAUUGUUCUAUCACUUCAUCGACAUUGCUGUGGUGAAUGCCUUCAUCCUCCAGAAGGAGAUGGCCAAGAGCUGUGGACAGACUCCCAUGACACAGCUAGCCUUCAGAGAGCUGCUCAUCCAGGAGCUUGCUGACUAUGGCACAAAGACCACUGCAGCACCUUCUGUCCCCUCUACCUCUGUCCCCUCUUCUCCUGCCUCCAGUGAUGUUCACCUGCCAAAAUACAUCAGUGCAGACCUGAAUGUGCCUCAGGGCCAAAAGGGCACAGUAGGGAGGCGUCGUUGUACUAUGUGCCACAGGAAAUCUCCCAUCACCUGCACUACUUGUGCUGUUACCCUCUGCUUUACAGCAGAGAGAAACUGCUAUGGGCCUUGGCAUCAGCAGCUCAAUCUGGUGUAGAGGACUGUGGGUGUUCUAAAUACUCUCGUUGUAAAUAGUUGUUUGUUUUCUCCCUUUGUUUGUGGUGUGAACACUUCUGACAUUAGAUCAGUGUUGGCUGCUAACUUGGCCGUUUUUAUCUUUUAUCUUAUAUUUUCUUUUCUUUGCAGCCUCGUUUGAAUGUCGCGGUUGCGCUCGUUUGUACGUAAUGGGGUUAGCGUUCGUUACACGGUAUUGGAAAUAAGGUUCCAUUAGCGAUGAUAUCCGUGUCGGGUUCUAGAUGCCCGCACGUUGCCUGUUCAUAAAUGGACCUCUGUAAUUUUCCUCCUGGCUGUGUCCUGUUUCUCAGCCCUUCACCUUAAAGGGAUACUUCAGGAUUUUGGCAAGCAGUGUUUUUGGGAGGCAUUUGAUCAGCGUUCUCCUUGCGUCUCCUGUUUAGUAACUUUUAUGUAGGGAUGCUAAUGAUCCAUUACGUUUGACAUUCCUGGGACUGUGUUAACUUUUAGUAUCAAAGCAUAUGUUCUCUAUAGGUAUGUACCUUAAAAUGGACCAAUUUGGGCACUUGGGUACAUUUGGUAAAACUCGUGAGGGACAUCUGGGGAAACUUCAUACCAAAUAUUAUGUAGUUCUCUCCGUCCCUCUGCUGAACAUGAUGAAUAUUCUCUUUGGAAUCUCGUUCGUCUGAACUCCUGUUGAGAAAAGGAAUAGCUGACUUCAGCAGAGGGCUACGUAACCUGUCAUAAAGGCUACAUAUGUUAUGUCUAACCCCCUCCUUGUGCCCUCCUCAUAUCUGGUCCCCACCAAGACCUUAUCUUGAAGCUUUUGUCUUAGGUUUCCUCUGUAUGUGGCUGAACAGGAAGCAGUGAUUCCAACUAGAAUGGUCCUGAUGGUGGUACCAGACAAGUCACUAGAAGAUGCCUGUUACUGAACUACCUCAAGGUUUCUGCCCCUCUGGUUGAGGUCCUGGUGUCUGCAGGGUUUGGAAAGAUCUGGUUGGCUGCUGAAGUGUUGCUGUGCUGGUGGAGUGGGAAGCUCUCCUGUUUUACACCUGCAAGCCCUCUUUCACUCCUGAUUGGUCAGCAAGGAAGUGGGGGAAACCAGGCCAAGUCAAUUCAACCCUGUGACUGUGUUUUGAUGUAUAAAUAAAUCUACAUAUUAAUGCUU